GCCUGCCACAAGCCAGAGUCGCGAUGGCCUCCCCGGUGCCUCUCGCCCUGCUGCUGCUUCUCUUCGUGCCCAGCUUGGACGCCAUCGAUCGUAUGCCAAAGAUCCAAGUGUAUUCCAGGCACCCAGCCGAAAACGGGAAGCCAAACUACUUAAAUUGCUAUGUUUCUGGAUUCCAUCCACCACAGAUUGAGAUAGAGUUGCUGAGAAACGGCGAGAAGAUGAAGUCAGAACAGUCAGACUUGGCCUUCAGCAAGGACUGGUCUUUCCAUGUUCUGGCCUUUGCUAGUUUCACCCCAACUGAUGUUGAUACAUUCUCUUGCAAAGUGACUCAUGUCACUUUCAAAGAGCCCAAGAUUGUUAAGUGGGAUCGUGAUAACUAACCUGAAUCAUGAAGGUUUGAAGAUGCCUCAUUUGGAUUGGAUUUCAAAUUAUUUUCCUAACAUUAUUAGGAAAUGCUUUUAUGCUUUAUGUCCAAAAGUCAAGAAAUUAUAUGAGGUUUACCUCAAUAUUUGACCCAUCUGCUUUGUAACUGUCACUUGCUAUUAAGAGCUUAGGGGCAUGGAGAGAUAUGAAACAGCAUUUUCUUGGAUAAAUCUGAGCUAUUCCGUCACCUCUAAAAGCAAUCCUGUAUAACAUAAUUAAUGCAGUGUGAAGGAUGUAGCUCGAUAGUAAUCAACAUGUCUAAAUAAAUUG